GCAAUCACAGCAGCCAGCAUGGGAAGGCGCCGUAUUAUAACUGUAAUUGCGUAGUUUGGAACCAUCAGCUCUGAGAGGAAACUGGGUCCUCCACGGCCGGCCGCCUCGCCCAAUCCCAUAGGAUAGUUACAGGCUGAGUUCGGCAGCAGAACCCAGUUUCCUCCAGACAGAGGUUCAAAUAAAGGGUCACGGUGGCUACAGGUCCGUCUUCACGAAAACAGAAAGCUGCGCCAAAUCUCGCGCAACGGGGCUGGAGGGCGGGCGGGGAAUUUAAGGUAUCGCGAGAUGACAGGAUUUUCCCGCGAAGGAGAAGCGCGCUUUUUUCCCUGGCGGGGGUUUUGGUGAGCAGGCUGGGCCGGGAACUGCUGUGAGUUAUUAGCUCGCGGUAUUGCAGACUCUGAGAGGCGGGGACCCGGUUCCUGGGUGAGUGUCCAGGCAUGCCAGCGGAACGGCCCGCGGGCAGCGGCGGCUCACAAACUCCAGAAAUGGUUGAACAAUUAGACACUGCCGUGAUUACCCCAGCCAUGCUAGAAGAGGAAGAACAGCUCGAAGCUGCUGGACUAGAAAGAGAGCGAAAGAUGCUGGAAAAGGCUCGCAUGUCUUGGGAUAGAGAGUCGACAGAAAUUCGGUACCGUCGACUUCAACAUUUGCUUGAAAAAAGCAAUAUCUACUCCAAAUUUUUAUUGACGAAAAUGGAACAGCAACAAUUAGAGGAACAGAAGAAGAAAGAAAAAUUGGAGAGAAAAAAGGAGUCUUUAAAAGUUAAAAAGGGUAAAAAUUCAAUUGACACAAGUGAAGAGAAGCCAGUCAUGAGAAAGAAAAGAGGAAGAGAGGAUGAAUCAUACAAUAUUUCAGAGGUCAUGUCAAAAGAGGAAAUUUUGUCUGUGGUUAAAAAAAAUAAAAAGAAUGAGGAUGAAAACUCCUCUUCUACUAAUCUCUGUGUAGAAGAUCUUCAGAAAAAUAAAGAGUCGAAUAGUAUAAUUAAAGAUAGAUUGUCUCAAACGGUUAGGCAGAAUGCGAAAUUCUUUUUUGACCCAGUCCGGAAAUGUAAUGGUCAGCCAGUGCCUUUUCAACAACCAAAGCACUUCACAGGAGGAGUUAUGCGAUGGUACCAAGUAGAAGGCAUGGAAUGGCUUAGGAUGCUUUGGGAAAAUGGAAUUAAUGGCAUUUUAGCAGAUGAAAUGGGAUUGGGAAAGACAGUUCAGUGCAUUGCUACAAUUGCAUUGAUGAUUCAGAGAGGAGUACCAGGACCUUUUCUUGUCUGUGGCCCAUUAUCUACACUUCCUAACUGGAUGGCUGAGUUCAAAAGAUUUACACCAGAUAUCCCUACUAUGUUAUAUCAUGGAACCCAGGAGGAACGUCAAAAAUUGGUAAGGAAUAUUCACAAACGGCAAGGGACUCUGCAGAUUCAUCCUGUGGUGGUUACAUCAUUUGAAAUAGCCAUGAGAGACAGAAAUGCAUUACAGCAUUGCUAUUGGAAAUACUUAAUAGUAGAUGAAGGACACAGGAUUAAGAAUAUGAAGUGCCGUCUAAUCAGGGAGUUAAAACGAUUCAAUGCUGAUAACAAACUUCUUUUGACUGGUACUCCCUUGCAAAACAAUUUAUCAGAACUUUGGUCAUUGCUAAACUUUUUGUUGCCAGAUGUAUUUGAUGACUUGAAAAGCUUUGAGUCUUGGUUUGACAUCACCAGUCUUUCUGAAACUGCUGAAGAUAUUAUUGCUAAAGAAAGAGAACAGAACGUAUUGCAUAUGCUGCACCAGAAAAGAAUUCUAAGAUAUAUGUCAGAGUUUAGAGAUGAGAACUCUUUUGAAGGCAAAUUGGCCUUCAGAAAGGAUUUAUAUAUAACAUACAUCCAUAUGAAAAUACUACUCAAGCUUCAUACCAAUUUUAAGAUUUUAACACCUUUCUUAUUGAGAAGACUAAAGUCUGAUGUUGCUCUUGAAGUUCCUCCUAAACGAGAAGUAGUUGUUUAUGCGCCACUUUCAAAGAAACAAGAGAUCUUUUAUACAGCCAUUGUGAACCGUACAAUUGCAAACAUGUUUGGAUCCAGUGAGAAAGAAACAGUUGAGUUAAGUCCUACUGGUCGACCAAAACGGCGAACUAGAAAAUCAAUAAAUUACAGCAAAAUAGAUGAUUUCCCUAAUGAAUUGGAAAAAUUGAUGAGUCAAAUACAGCCAGAGGUGGACCGAGAAAGAACUGUUGUGGAAGUGAAUAUCCCUGUAGAAUCUGAAGUUAAUCUGAAGCUGCAGAAUAUAAUGAUGCUACUUCGCAAAUGUUGUAAUCAUCCAUAUUUGAUUGAGUAUCCUAUAGACCCUGUUACACAAGAGUUUAAGAUCGAUGAAGAAUUGGUAACAAAUUCUGGGAAAUUCUUAAUUUUGGAUCGAAUGCUGCCAGAACUAAAAAAAAGAGGUCACAAGGUGCUACUUUUUUCACAAAUGACAAGCAUGUUGGACAUUUUGAUGGAUUACUGCCAUCUUAGAAAUUUCAACUUUAGCAGGCUUGAUGGGUCCAUGUCUUAUUCAGAGAGAGAAAGAAAUAUGCACAGCUUUAACACAGAUCUAGAGGUGUUUAUCUUCUUAGUGAGUACACGAGCUGGUGGCCUGGGCAUUAAUCUGACUGCAGCAGAUACAGUUAUCAUUUAUGAUAGUGAUUGGAACCCCCAGUCGGAUCUCCAGGCCCAGGAUAGAUGUCAUAGAAUUGGUCAGACAAAGCCAGUUGUUGUUUAUCGCCUUGUUACAGCAAAUACUAUUGAUCAGAAAAUUGUGGAAAGAGCAGCUGCUAAAAGGAAACUGGAAAAGUUGAUCAUCCAUAAAAAUCAUUUCAAAGGUGGUCAAUCUGGAUUAAAUCUGUCUAAGAAUUUCCUAGAUCCUAAGGAAUUAAUGGAAUUAUUAAAAUCUAGAGAUUAUGAAAGGGAAAUAAAAGGAUCAAGAGAAAAGGUCAUUAGUGAUAAAGAUCUAGAAUUGUUGUUAGAUCGAAGUGAUCUUAUUGAUCAAAUGAAUGCUUCAGGACCAAUUAAAGAGAAGAUGGGGUUAUUCAAGAUACUAGAAAAUUCUGAAGAUUCCAGUCCUGAAUGUUUGUUUUAAACUGGAGCCCAAGAAUGGCUUUUAAAAGUUCUUGUUUGCAACUAGUGAUUUCCCUGUAUUGGGUUUGAAAUACAGAUUGUCCACUUAACCUUUUUUUAUUAUAUCAGUUGACAUGUAACUAGUACCAUGUAUACUUAAUUAGAUAGUAAUUUUCUGAGCCUUAUUACAAACAAAGAAGUAUCCAUAUUAAGUUUAGAUUUUCAGUUAAUUUUUGAGACUGAGUAUUAUUCUUGGAUACAGGCUGAUGUGUACUUAACCACUUCCAGAUUUAUACAGUCUUCCUGUGGAAGUUUAGUAAAUGUCUUUUUUUUUUAGUAAUACAGUUCAUGGGGUUUUGGUACUUCAGUUAUGAAGUAGGCUUUUCAUGGGGGGAGAUCGGGAUUAUGCUGUGUGUUUAAGAAACUUUGAUUUUCAAGUCUUACUUCUAUGAGAUAGUUUACCAAAUAAAUUUUCCUUAUAAGAUAAUCUCAUUAAAUUAUUAUUUU